CUGGGCCUCGCGCCGUAGCGGCCGAGGGGAACCGGUUGCUGGGCGGGCUCUGCAGCUCAGAGCCGGGAAUCCGUUACCCCGCCUCGGUGUGCACUGUCUCUGGGACACCGAGAAUAAGCUGGGGCAAGCCGGGACUUGCCUCUUGUCAUAAUCUCACCUUCUUGUCCUCUUGCUUCCUGCAGCGAACUCUAUGGAAAGAGGAGACGGCCGCGAGGUGCCUUUGGCGAGCCUGUCGGGAGAGGUAAAAAUGGAUGCUGGUACUGAGAAAGGAGAACCCGUUCUCCUUUUGGAAGAUGAGAAGUUCGACUUCGAUCUUUCCUUGUCUUCUUCAAGUGCAAAUGAAGAUGAUGAAGUCUUUUUUGGGCCUGUGGGACAUAAAGAAAGAUGUAUCGCUGCCAGCUUGGACUUCAACAGUCAGGUUCCUGAGCAGCCUCUGGCACCAGCCACUGGCAGUACCUGUACCUGGAGCCCCCUCACCGGGGAGAAGUUUGUGGAGGUGUACAAAGAAGCCCACUUACUGGCCUUACAGAUAGAAAGCCACAGCCGGAGAGAGGUGGCCCAGGCUGCCAAGCCCAAAAGUCCUGUGAGCCAGGGCACGGAAAGGUUUGUGCAGGACUCACAGUUAAAAAUAAGCCUCUUUGAAAAAGAACAGAAGAGGGAAAAAAGCCCCGUGUCACUUAAGAGAGAGACAUUCUGCCUGCCGUCCUCAGGGGUGCAACCUCUCUUGGAGCAGCCCCAUCUCCUGGCUUCUGCAGUCCUGCCCAGCUCCCCUGUCCCACCCGGCCCUGUUCAGAGCAACCUCGGUCCACCCUGCUCCUCUCAGCCGUUGCCAGGAGAGUCGGGUUCCUCCCAACCUCCAAAUCAGGCUGGGCCUCGGAGGAGGAUCACCAGCAAGCUACAGCCACCCCGAGCUUUGCCUGGGAGAGGAAGACAUCUUCAGCUGGCUACAGAGAAGCUCAAAAAAGAGGUGCCAGCUGGCCUUCAGAGGGUGAAACUCCUGAAUGAAAAGGGAUCCCAAAGUGAAGUGCUCCCAGACAAACCCAGCAGGGCUCCUGAUGCUGCCGGUAGAGGAGGCCACCCAGGCAAGCGGUCACUCCCUGUUCCUAGCAAGUUGGGGCUGAAGAAGACCCUACUGAAGCCACCCGGCCAGACUGGCAGCCUCACAAGGAGGUCCUCUAUGUCAGGGUCUGCUUCAAGCCUCGUGCCUGGUGUGUGUGUGAAUCCAGCAGCAGGCAAAGCAAAGCCCAAGGAACUUUCAAGUAUUCCUGCUAGUAGCUCCCAGCCUCCUCGGACAAGCACCAGCAAGUUGGGGAGAAUAGGAUCCGCCUCACUGCACCAGGCUUUGUCAGCAGCCCCUGCCAGAGCAUCUUGCAGACAAGCCAGGAGGGCUGAUGCUCCCCGGGCAGUGGCAGAGCCCCCCAAGGCCUCUACCCUGACUCCUCUCACCCAACAACCCCAAACUCCAGAGCAGAGAGGACCGAAGCUGGACCCUGACACCAUGACAUCUCAGUUGAAUCAAACUGGCAGUAUAAAACGGCAGGACUCCUCUCUAAACUGCAAGACAGAGGCUGUGUCUACCACCACAAACCCAUUUAAAGUCCCCCAGUUUUCUGUUGGUGAGUCACCUAAUGGUGUGACCUCAAAGGUCUCGAGGACACAUCAGCUGCAGCCUGGGACACCAGCUAGCAGGGUCAUCAGCAGCACACCUGUGAGACGCUCAUCAGGGCCCAAUUCACAAGGCCUGCCCAGCAGUAUGAGGACCCCUAUGAGCACCAGACGGAUGUCAGCAUUGCCCACACCUGCCAGUCGGCGCCUCUCUGGCCUUCUGUUAAUGGCACCUCAGUCCAUGCCCAGGGCUCUAGUGUCCCCACUAUGUGUGCCUGCACGGAGACUUUCUUCUGAACCCAGGAGAAGAUCUACAGUCAGAGCGGAGCUGACACAGGAGAGCAGCAACAAUGCCAGUGGUGGGCAGGGCCAGGGCCUGUCCUCGGAUGAGAGCUCGUCCCCUCCAUCCUCUGUGCCUCAAGCACUCGACUUUUCUCCAGAGAAGAGUGACUUUCCUCUUUGCCAAGGCUCCUCCACAGGGGCAGCUCAGGGUGAAGCAGAGCCUCGUGAAGACACAAGCCCCAGUGAGGUACAUGGAGGUGGUUGCUGUUACAUGCUAUCUGAGGGUCUUCUAGACAUCAAGCUAGACCUGCUUGCCAUCACCCCUGAAGCAGGAGGCAGAGACCUGGCUGACCGCCCUCUCAUUGACUUCAGCAACACCCCAGAGUCAAACCUGGCUUUGGGACCCAGCAGCUGGCCCCUGAUUGACCUUGUAGUAAACACGCCACACAUGGAUAGAAACGGUGUGGGGAAACCUCCGAAGGCUGAGCUUGGGCAGCUGAUCGACCUGGGCUCCCCCCUGAUCCAACUGAGCCCUGAGGCUGACAAAGAAAAUGUGGACUCGCCGCUUCUCAAGUUCUGAGCAGAAGACAUGCCUCCUCUCCUCACCUGUUCCUUCUGCUGUGGCUUGAUGUCUAUAGAAGCAAAUGCUAGAAGGAAUCGUAUUUGACUGGGGAAGCCUAUUUUACUGUUUGUGUCUGGAGCGGUGCCCAGAUGGGUCCCACUGUGGACUAGCAUUUUGCCUCGGUGGCUGCCCUACUCCCUGCCUUUCACCAGGAUAGAAUACAGCUAUCUAAAAAAUUUGUUUUGAUUCUUUGUGUGUAAAAUAGCAAAUGACUGUAAACUUAAAUUUAUUUGAAAAUUAAAUAUUCUAGA